AUGGAGUUGUUGGCACAGUCUGUAAGCAGACCCGUUCCUCUGUCCACCCUGGCGUUUCCUUGUUUCGAUGGCAUUUAUCUUCCAAAGCAAGAAAACAAAUUCCUGCACAAUGUCAAGAAUGACCUGGAAAUAUACCAACAGAAAAGCUACCGCGGGAGCGUGCUCCUGUUUCCCCCUCUACCCAGCAGACUGCGGUUCCUGAUCCAUAAGACCAUAGAGGACCUGCCAGAGCUCACCACCUUCUCAGUAGGGGAGAGCUGGUGCCGUAGGGUGGUGGUCUGCCAUUCUGAGUUCAGGGGUGAAGUAGAGGAAGACAGUGGCUGGGAGAGCAACAACGGCUUGUGUGAGAUAGAUGGCAACGCUAAGCCUAAAUCUUCGAUCCCAUUGCGAAGCCGAGGACCUAAGAGGCCGGACAAACCCCUUUACAUGCCACGAGUUGCUCGGGAGAGACUGUCCUUACAAAACUCACCCUCAGGAGACCAAGAGUUGCCCAGUCCGGCCUCAAGUAGCUGUAGCUGCCUCAACAGUCAAGCUGACUCUUGUUUCUAUCCCGAAACUACAGAAAAAAUAAAGUCAUGUCAACUCCAAGUCAACUCCUGCACAUCCAGACAGGAAUGUGUCUCUAACGUUGUUACUGACAGUUCAGAACUUUGUCCUCAGGAAGAGAAACAAAAGCUGGUGCAAGAAGCUGAGCCCCUAGUCUGGGAACAGACUGUGUCCUGCUUCAGUGAAAUGACUCUGGAGGAGGAUGAGAAGGGCAAGGAAGACAUAUGCACAGACACAGAUGAUGUAACUGAAGAGAUCAAGGCACAUCUGAAAGAGACAGUAACUGUUUCCAUUCAGCACGUUCAGAAUGACUACUCCACUUAUGAGAAUGUGUGCAUCGGCCUGGAUACUUUUCCCCACGUGAUCGAGAUCUACGGCUUCCCACAGUGUUUCAAAACCGAUGACCUCCUGGAUGCUUUCAUAGACUACAGUGAUGGCGGAAUCAAGAUCGAGUGGGUAGAUGACACACAUGCCCUGGGGAUUUUCUCCAGUGAGACCGCAGCACUCCAUGCCCUCUCCAUCUGCCAUCCAAUGCUGAAGGCAAGAGCACUGGCUCAGGCGAGUAAAAAAGCCAAAGGCAAGGCCAUCAAACGGGCAGAGUUUAUCCAGCCAGUGAAGGAGCGUCCGAGGACAGACUGUGCCGUUGCCAGGCGGAUGGUGACCAGAGCCCUGGGGCUGCAGGGACGAGGCAGAGUGCAGCAGUAUUGAAGGGAAUUGCAAACACUGUUGGCUAACACAGAAAGAUCCAGCAGGGGUUUGCCUCCAUUCAUUGGCCCUCCGUGAAGGCUCCACAGUGGCCACGAACGGCUGGCUGAUCAUGAAGAGUAGGACCACCGUCCAGCACUGUUUGCCUGUUUCACUGAUUGGUGAACAUGUUUGCAUGGCGAAGAAGGAGACUGCCGCACUCCUGGAAAAUCGAGCCUGCUGAAGUGUCCCUGACAAUAACAGCCUCGAAGUUGCUGUUCUGUAGCUGAACCUGACCCUUUUGGACAAUAUUGUUGUGGUUCCUGUUGUUCACCUUUAGGAUUACUAAUUGUAAAACAAAGCAAAACUAUGAAAGGGGCUAAUGCAAACGGUGAUUUUUAGAAAAGGCAUUGGAGCAAACUGGAGAAGUUCCUAGCUUGUUUUGAUUUGAUUGCAUGUUGCCUUAAAACUAAAAUGCUUAAGUGUUUAAUUUCCUGGCAGGAAUAUUUUGUUUUCUUCCUUGCCCAGGUGAUGCAGGACUCGUUGAAUAAUUUGCUGUAAGUAGAAAUUAUUUUCCAAUUUAAUGCUGAAUUCCCUUACAGAUGGAUUUAUGGGAUUUAGUUAAAUAUGUUACAUUGUCCGCUUAAGUUAAAGCCAGAUUUUUAUAUGGAGUGCACAACAACUCUGACAAAUGUAAUGUACAGUAGAUCCAUUAACAGAAUCAGAUCAGCUAAAAAGAUAAAACUAAAUAUUGUUUUCAAAAGCCAGCUUUUCAAUUGUGAGACACAGUUACAAAGGAAAAUGCAUGCAAUAGCAAUGUUAUGUUUCAGUUCAUUUUAAAACUUUGUUUGCAAGAUGUUAAGUUUUUAAUAUUUAUUUUGUUCCACUAAAUGAUACAAAAGUACCUUUUAGGAUUGUUGCUUGUUGUGUUCUUUGUCAGUCCACAUUACAGAAACCUUUCAGAGGUUUUUGAUCAACAAAAGUUUGAGCUUUGAACUUGGAAUGUUAGGUCCUUUGUACUUGUUACUGUACUGUAAUUUUUAUGUAAUUGACCUAACAUCAAUCUUACUUCUGUAUAGUGGGUGGUCAAAAUGCCAUUAAGAGAGAAUUAAAAAAGUUUGUAUUCAGUUUAA